AUGAACACCACCAUUCCAAAACUACCUUUCCUUCUCUCCCUCUUGCUCUCUCUUUCAGUCCUCAUAUUCAUAGCCCUUCAAACUCCCCACGACAGCAAAACCACCUCCCAAUAUCCAAACACCUCCACCUCCAAGAACGUUGGUGGCCUUCGUAUCCGACCGGGGUAUUCUUCCUACGAUGAAUACAUUCAGCGACAACUGAAGAAAACCCUAAACCCUAAACUCCGAGAAAUAUGGACAACACGGGAUUGGGAUCGUAAAGUCCGCGUGUUUGCCAAGUUUUUUGAGUCUUUAAAGCAAAGGAACCUCUUGUUUAACGAUUCAAAGGCAUUAUCGAUCGGUGCUCGAGUGGGGCAAGAAGUGUUGGCCCUAAAAAGUAUAGGCGUGAAUGACUCGAUCGGCAUUGACUUAGUGCCUUAUCCGCCACUUGUAGUAAAAGGAGAUUUUCAUGCACAGCCUUUCAUGAACGAAACAUUCGAUUUUGAGUUCUCUAAUGUGUUUGAUCAUGCCCUGUAUCCAUGGAAAUUUGUUGGGGAGAUCGAACGGACAUUGAAGCCUGGUGGAGUUUGUGUUAUACAGGUGGCGUUAUCAAGACGGGCUGAUAAAUAUUCAGCUAAUGAUUUGUACAGUGUGGAGCCAUUGGUUGAGUUGUUUAAAGAGUCCAAGUUGGUGGAGGUUAGGAAGGUUGAUGGGUUUGGACUUGAUACUGAGGUGGUCUUUAGGAAGAACAAAAGGAGAAAUAUUUAA